GCGAGCGCUGUUACAUGGAGCUCAAUUUUCCAAGAUGUCGUCGCUGGAGCAGAGGCUGUCGCGAAUCGAGGAGAAACUAAAGCAGGAAAACGAAGAGGCUCGGCGGAAAAUCGACCUCAACAUCGACAUGAGUCCACGUCGAUCGAACCCGAGACCAAUCAUCGUGAUCCAGCUCAGUCCUGCUCCAGCUCCUUCCCAGCGUGCAGCUCUUCAGCUGCCCCUGGCCAAUGAUGCAGGAAGCAGGUCAUCGUCUUCAGAGAGCUCGCCUCAGCACCACCCCUUUCGUCGCAGACAAAUGCUCACCCUCCCCACACCACAGUACGGCCAACAGAAGAGUCUAGAGAAUGCAGAGAUUGAUCAGAAAUUGCAGGAGAUCAUGAAACAGACAGGUUAUCUUAAAAUCGACGGACAGAGAUAUCCUGCAGAGGUGGCUGAUCUGAUCAGUGAAGGAGAGAUUGGCAGCGGCACCUGUGGGCAAGUCUUCAAAGUGCGAUUCAAGAAGACUGGACAUGUCAUCGCUGUUAAACAAAUGCGCAGAACAGGAAACAAGGAUGAAAACAAGCGGAUUUUGAUGGACUUGGAUGUGGUGCUGAAGAGUCAUGACUGUCCUUAUAUCAUCCAGUGCUACGGUGCCAUAGUUACCAAUACAGACGUAUUUAUUGCCAUGGAGCUGAUGGGAACGUGUGCUGAGAAGCUGAAGAAGAGAAUUCAGGGCCCCAUCCCAGAGCAGAUUUUAGGAAAGAUGACUGUUGCAAUAGUAAAAGCCUUGUUGUAUCUUAAAGAGAAACAUGGUGUCAUCCAUCGCGAUGUGAAACCCUCCAAUAUUCUCCUAGACGCUAAAGGUCAGAUCAAACUGUGCGACUUUGGCAUUAGCGGACGCCUCGUCGACUCCAAGGCAAAAACACGCAGCGCUGGCUGUGCUGCGUAUAUGGCGCCAGAGAGAAUAGACCCUCCAGAUCCCACCAAACCUGACUAUGACAUCCGAGCGGACGUGUGGAGCCUUGGCAUCUCUCUAGUGGAGCUGGCUACAGGUCAGUUUCCCUACAAGAAUUGCAAAACAGACUUUGAGGUUCUGACCAAAGUGCUGCAGGAAGACCCUCCUCUGCUGCCUCACAGCAUGGGCUUUUCCCUCGACUUUCAGUCUUUCGUCAAAGAUUGCCUCACUAAGGAUCACAGAAAAAGGCCAAAAUACCACCAGCUUCUGGAGCACAGCUUCAUCCAGCGUUACGAGGUGCUGGAGGUGGAUGUUGCCGGUUGGUUUCAGGCAGUAAUGGAUCGCACCGAGUCGCCUCGCAGCAGCCAGUGUUACAGCCAUCAGCACCAGCUCCACUCACUCUUCAGCAGGUAGCCCAGAGAGCCUCAUCCUGUAUUAGCUUAGCUGUCCUCUUAAUUUAGUCUAGCCUUGGCCUAAGCAAGCGAAGCCUAGCCUUAGACACGGCCCCGGCUGUCCACCGGAAAAGCCCUCAACCAGCGAGACGAAGACUCGAUGGAUUAUCGGAUGCAGUGUUUGACACCGGGAGGAACUGAUGGAUUGACGGCGGAUAGCAGUCAUUUAUCGGUGUGUCAAAUCUGGACAGGCAGACAUGGGAGUUAGUUUUAAGAUGUCAUUUGUAAACACACACCAUUGUCACAUCACACUUGUAUAGACACUGAAUGUCUCAUUAUUCCAACAUUGUCACAUGUAUGUACAGACAGUCCGACAGUCAGUAGUAAUAUACUCACUAUGUACUGUAUAUCCACAUGGAUGAUCAAUGUUUGAAUAAGCAAUUUUAUAACAAUCACCAUUUUAUUUAUCAGCUGCAUAAUUGGGAGGAAAAUCUGAAAAAAAAUAGUGUUGCACUCUAACUUUGUAGAACGUGGCAUUUUUUUGUGUGCUUAAGAGACGGGAGAGGAGAGGGACGCUCAGAAGGGCAACAUGUACAUUUAGGAGGUGUGGUGGGUUGUCAGGAGUUUUCUGGAAAUGUGAGACGGAAAAGAAAAGGAGUGGUGUUGUAUUAAUAGGAGAUUGUUUUACAUGUGCGGGGAAAGCGAGCUGUGUGCUUUUGAGAAGAAGGGACGCAGAACACAAGACGUUCAAAGAAUGGAAAAUAAGGUUGAUUUUAUCAGCAGUGGAGCAUGUCUUUAACUUCACUUGGUUUUUCUACCUCGUCUGUCGCCACUGUUUAGUGCUCAACAGUGUUUCUAGACCAAAGUGGUGGUUGUUUGGAGGCCAAGAGACUCGGGACAGUGAAAGGUCUCUUGCCUGCUUCACGAAUAACUCACACUCAAACUGGUAUUCUCAAAAAGUGUCCAAAUAACUAGUUAAGCAGUGAAAUUACAAGGGCAAAAUACAACACAUAUUUCUAAAACACUGCUCUCCUGUUCUCUUAUUUUACAUUUAAAUGUUUUUUUUAGAAAAUCAGACAGCAUUCCACAAACAUAGUCACAUAUGAUGCAGUGAAAAGUAUCUUUCAUGAUGGUUAUCAAUAUUGUAUCCAUUCCAAAUAUUUUUCCAAAAAUCAGUCAAUGUACAUGUCACAUAAACCCAAAUGCUGUCUGUAAAACGGCUGAUCCAACAGAAUUCAUCGUCAUGGACCCACAAGCUGCAGAAGCUUGCUCUAAAUCAGCUAAACAGGCUUGACAAGUCCCCCGUGACGUUUUGGUAAAUUGAGAAAGCUGAAACAUUAUAAAAAGAUUGCCUUUGUAAGUUAAAGACUAAAAAGGACAUUGGCAAACGUGUUAGUUUAUUAGCUAAUGCUAAAGACGCUUGCUUCAUUUCAUUACAAUAGAACAUACAAUAAUGCAUGAACACACUACUACAGACAUCACACAUGGGACGGCUUAGUAAGUAAGAAAGAGAGAGUAGAAACACUAUGGAUGACUAGGAGACGGAACGGCACUUCUAAUUCUGGUUGAAAUCAGUCCAAACAGAAGGGAUAGGAAGCACUAAAACACUGCUCUCCUGUUCUCAGAAUUUGUUCCAAAAAGUUAUUUUAUAUUUGGAUGUUCUUUUAAGAAAUCAGACCGCAUUCCAUAUACAUGGUACAUGUGAUGCACUGAAAAGUAUCUUUUAAUGUAGAUAAUCAAAAUUGUAUCCGUUCCAAAUAAUUUCCCAACAAUCAGACAAUGUACACAUCACAUAAACCCAUGCACAAAUCUCAGCCACUUGGGGUCGUAACAUUUUUGGUCGAUUAUAGACUCUUUUUUUUUUUUAAUGUCUUUAAAUACACUAACAUUGACUUGACACACUAUAAUAUACUUUAGAAAUGACAAUAGCCACCCUACUCACUGUACCUUUCGAGUUUAAAACAAAAACAUGAAUCAAGUAUUUUAUUAUUGUAUUCAUGUUGGCAUUUAAGAUAGCUAGCGAUUAGCGCUUUAGUUGUCAGCUAGCGAUUAGAGGUUCAAGCUGGCAACUCACUAGCUGUCAGCUACCUAUUAGUGUGAAUAUACUGUUAUUUAAAUCCCAUAGUAUUGCACAAUAACAAGGUACCUUGAGGACCAGUUUAAGUCAAAACUUUUUUACAGGCUAUAUAAGAAGGGGGUCACUGCUCCAUCUUGCUGGGGUCCUUGGCCUGGACAAUGUUGAAAACCCCUGCCUUUAAAUAUAAAUACAAAGGAACUGCACAUAAUACAGCCAUGUAUAUUGACAAAACCAAUAUUUUGUGACACUCUUAAUAUUUUCAAUGUGAUUAAGGGGUCAGAGCGUGUUAUUUUCAGAAAUUGUAACCUACUGACUUUUAUGUAAUAUCCUACUAAAUUCUAUUGAGAACAGGCUGCAUCCACUCGCUAAUUAGCAACACAUAUAUUUGAAUGUUGUCUUUUUCUACAGUUUGCUUGCUGUAUAGUAUAGCUUUUUUAACUAAUGUGUUUGCUGCCAUGUUUAAUGGCGACUGACUUUACACCAGACCAAAUCACUGAGACAGUAAGGAGUGGAUCUGAAAGAGGAAACCGUUAUGUGACAGAAAGGGAUAGAUGAUGGGAAUGUUGAGGAGAUGAGUGGAAAUAGAGAGGUGGUGUUGAGAAAGUUGAAGCCUGAGAGAAAACUUAGUCGGAUGUCAGUAUGUGAUAAACGAGAGAAAAAGACUAGUAAUUGUACAAAGCUUUCAUGGUGUUACACCAACCUGCCAAUUGUCAAUGAUAGCUUUUAGUAGGGCUCGUUAGCAUGAGAAAUGUCCGUUGAAAUUACAUUAUUUAUUUACUGCUGCUACUAUUCUUUUUUUUUUUUUUUUUUUUUGCUUUAGAUGCUGCUGUCACUUAUUAUCCCCAAAGGACAAAUAUUUUGUAUUAUUUUGCCAAAUAAGUGAACUCUUAAUACAAAGUCUACAUGUUUUUUACCAAAUACAGAGGAGUACGUUUGAUGAAAGCAAACAGAAAGUGAGAGAUGGACACGUGCGGGACUGCGAGAUUGUUUUUUUUUUCCCUGAAAGUACUAACUCACAUCACCUCACAUCAUGUUAUGUCGAUUGUGGGGGUUAGAGUUCAUGUCUGUCUGUCCAGAUGCUUGUUUACGUCCAUCCGUGUCACCUGCAAGCUUGACAACUGUACACCAAAGGUGUCCACAACCCAAGGAAUAUGUUGUUAUGACUUGUUAUUGAUAUUAUCGUUGAUUGCUCUCAGCUAUGAUAUACAUAUAUGAACUCUCUUUAUAGCUAAUAUGUCUAAGGAGCUAUAGGGGGCGCUGCGGUGUAGCAGUGCCCCCUCGUGUGUGUUCUAUACUGGACAGAGGGAGACUGGUGCACUGUAACAAAACGGGCCCAAGCAGUCAAAAGUGCCAACUUACUGAAAGUCCGUAUCAGGAAGUCGAUUACUGUCUGGCAGACUAAAUGCUUUGUCACUGCAGACAUCCUGGUACCAAACUGAAACCCUGCCCCACUAAUCCAGACUAGUGUGGUGCACAUUGAAAUCGCCAGUAAGAGCAAAACUAGAGCGCAGAAUUCCACCAAUGCCGAGGAAUUCCAGUCACACCAACAAAUUAUACACCCUAGAGUUCAGCUCAAAACUUUGGAGACAAACCUUUUUCUGAAAAUUCCUAAAACGCUCCUGUUGUAUAGAGGAACUCAGACCAGUCUUAACACUUUGUCAGAUCUUUGCGUUGACAUUUUAACUUUGCUAGCAAACAUACAACACUGGGGUCCAAACCGUGUUCAUUUUGUUGACUAAAAAUUAUUGUCUUAGUUAUCGUCAACGACCUAUUUUCCCCUGACUAAAAUAGGAUGAUAACAAACAAAUUAAAACAAAUGCACGUUGACUAAAACAAUGACAAAAGGAAAUGACAAUUAAGUCAAUGAAUAAAAACGAGACAAAAAUGUUGAUGGAGACGAAAUCCAAUCAUAUUUGAUUUUGUCUUUAGACAGGGGGAAACAAGGUAUCCAGUCACAGUUGCAUGUGGGAGUGGGGUGAGGGGGGAGAUAAAUCGGGACUACUGUCUUGCUAAUUCACAAUGUUUUGAUUUUUUUCCCUGAGUAAACAAGACUGUACACUUAAAUAAAAUGUUUUCUACGCCUGACUGUAAAAUAAGACGUGUAAACGUUGUAAACCCUGUGGCUCGAUUAUCUCCGCUAAAAAAACAAACAAAUUCACACGCCGGUUGCAGACUAAUCAUCUAGAUAUCCACGCAACAGUAUUUAGGCCGAAGCUAAUAAUUCAAAAUUGCUCAUACUGUACUGAAUUACUGUUUCUAAUAAAGACUGUAUGGCAGGAGCAAGACAGCUUACUUUACUACUUCUUUUGUAGUAGACCAUGGCGGACAUUGCUCGCCAAUUUAAUAAACGUCAUAGUUGAAAUAUGAAUCCUCUAAGUUUAUGCACUUAAAAUUGCCAGCAGUGUAUGUAUACAACUUUGUGUACGUAAAUAAUGUAACACUUUAUAUUUUGGUCGAUUAAAUUUACUUUAACUUUAGUCGACUAAAAUUAAAUUAAUUUAGAUGACUAGCCUUUUGGUCAAAAGACUGUGUAAAAAUUUAAAACUACUGUUGAAAUUACCACUUGGGGCAAACCUGGUAUUUACAUAACUUAGGCGUUCCUCAAGGCACACUUUUAAGUACUCUUUUUUUGGGGGGGGGGCAGUUAUGAAUUUUUUCGAAAGUGAUUUAUGCAACUAUGGUUUUGCUGUAGCUUGUUUACUUCAGUGAAGGGAAGUAAAUUCAUGACAGGCUUUUUCUGUAAUGACUAAGCGCGUUACAUUGAGAAACAAAUUAUCUACAUUUACGCUACGUUUACACCAGUGUGGCUGGUGUAAAUGUCAACGGCAGUGACUGAUGGCGGACGCUGGAUUCGAACCAAGAACCCUCAAGUUUCUGCAGUCAAUAGUCAUGUAUUGAACUUCUUUAGUUAUACUAGUGGUGUUCCUCAAGUUUCCAUUUUAGGUCCACUCUUUUUCAUAAUGUGGGCUAUUCAACUGGAGUUCAGGUCUUAAAAACUUGUAAGAGACAUUUUUGCAGUAGAUUCAUAGAAUGCUGCCACAAAGAUGAUCUUAGACCAGCUUUUUUGCUGAAGGUUCUAUGAAAACAGCAGAGCGACCCUGUAAGUCUUGACAAAAUAAAUGAGCACAAUUAAAUGUCUACUGUAGAGGACGCUGGUUCUCCAAAAUAAACAAAAAAGAACUAAUAGCGAAGGGAGAAGUCUGGCUUCCGAAACAAUUGAGUUAAAAUAUCCCUGCCCCAGUGGAAGUCCUUUGGUUGUUUUUAAAUUCCCCUUGUCACCCAGAGUUGACAGAUUUUACCCGCCUCUUCAUCGCAGCAUUGCUGCAUCAGAACCGGAAAAUACGUGCACACAGUGUUUUCCUGUUCAGUGCAAAGUAAACUUCAAAAUAAAAGCAUGGUACUAUCAACCAGGAUUCUACAACAGCAAGUAACAAAGUGAACUUGUUUCUUUUCUCUUUUUUUUAAAGAUUGUUUGCCAGAUUUGGGCAUGUACCAAAGCUUUAGGAGUAUAAAAUAUCUUAAAACUCUAUAAACAAUGCACAAAUUUGGAUGGCUUCACAAAUCUGUUACCAUCGCAUUUUGCUUGUGCAAGUCAUGGCUAGUUUUGGAUAUUUGUCAACAACCGCUUACAGCUCUGUAUCGGUCAGGCAAAGGCACUAUAUUUGCUUGUUUUGGGUCAGAACCACUAGUGGGAGGCACAUGAUUAUGGCGACUGGUCACUUCAAUAGUUGAUUAUCAACGUGGUACUCGAGCUCCAUCUAUUGGUACGCCAAAUAAAUCACAUAGAGCCGUUAUCAAAGGUUUAUCAGCCGUCAGGGGAAGUCGUUAUAGUCCGAUGCCAGUUUUAUUUAACUUUUAAGUAUUUGAUUGUUCUACUUUGAAGGACUGAAUGACCUCAUGGAUAAAAUCGUACUUUGUUUCUGUUAAACUUAUAUCCAGCGACGAGUCAACGUGUCCUUUGUAUUUAGUUGAGCAGCAUCGUGGCCUUGUCUAUUCAAGAUCUCAUAGAGAAAUGUACUCAUUUAGCAUGGUGUUCAACACUGUCGUCAUGAUAGAACAGGGGUCACCAACGCGGUGCCCGCGGGCACCAGGUAGCCCGUAAGGACCAGUUGAGUCGCCCGCUGGCCUGUUCUAAAAAUUACUCAAAUAGCAGCACUUACCAGUGAGCUGCCUCUAUUUUUGAAAUUGUAUUUAUUUACUAGCAAGCUGGUCUCGCUUUGCUCGAAAUUUUUAAUUCUAAGAGAGACAAAACUCAAAUAGAAUUUGAAAAUCCAAGGAAAUAUUUUAAAGACUUGGUCUUCACUUGUCUAAAUAAAUUCAUUUAUUUUUUGGACUUUGCUUCUUAUAACUUUCAGAAAGACAAUUUUAGGGAAAAAAUACAACUUUAAAAAUGAUUUUAGGAUUUUUAAACACAUACCUUUUUCCCUUUUAAGUUCCUCCCUCUUCUUUCCUGACAAUUUAAAUCAAUGUUCAAAUAAAUUUAUUUUUUUAUUGUAAAGAAUAAUAAAUAAAUUUUAAUUUAAUUCUUAAUUUUAGCUUCUGUUUUUUUGACGAAGAAUAUUUGUGAAAUAUUUCUUCAAACUUUUGAUUAAAAUUCAAAAAAAUAUUCUGGAAAAUCUACAAAAUAUGUAGAAUAAGACUUAAAUCUUAUUUCAAAGUCUUUUUAAUUUUUGUUCUGGAAAAUCUAGAAGAAAUGAUUAUUUGUCUUUGUUAGAAAUAUAGCUUGGUCCAAUUUGUUAUAUAUUCUAACAAAGUGCAGAUUGGAUUUUAACCUAUUUAAAACAUGUCAUCAAAAAUAUAUAUUUAUUGUGAGAAAUCGUUAAGAUGAUCAGUGUUUCCACAAAGAUAAAUAUAAUUAAUUAUUAAUAAUAACAUAGAGUUAAAGGUAAAUUGAGCAAAUUGGCUAUUUCUGGCAAUUCAUUUAAGUGUGUAUCAAACUGGUAGCCCUUCGCAUUAAUCAGUACCCAAGAAGUAGCUCUUGGUUUCAAAAAGGUUGGUGACCCCUGUGAUAGACCUACGGCCGUAUCUAAAAGGACUGUACUACUUAGGUUUAUAUUGUAGCCAAACCUUUCCCCAAAUAUAUGUCUGGAAAAAAAACAUUACUUUUUUCAUAGUUUUUGCCCAUUGAUUGUGUUUGUGGACUUUUUUAAGUAAUGCCCAAAAAGCAUAGCAGUUUUGAAAUGGCUUAACUCCACUAUGAAAAAGCGAACAGUUUUAGGACCUAUCAACAUAUUUGUUUACGUUUUCAUAUGAACCUUAUCUGGAAUAUAAACCCAUGACUAUAUUGGAUUAAAUGUAAUAGUUUAUUCAUCAGGAAAACAUUUUUGGGACAUGCCCAGCUGUUACCCGUAAAAUAAUUGAAGUUGAGGAAAAGAUUUGGACCUGGUUAAGCUUGGCCCUUUUAAAUGCUUGUCCUGUGUUCCGUUGACUGAUUUUAAGCCACUGUUUCUGCCCACAGGGUUCAUGUGUAAAAAACAAAACACAACAAAUUGUGGUGCUUUCGCAUUGCGACACUAUUAUCGAGCGUCUCCACUGAGCCCGGUCUCCCACUGUCCUUUUCCACCUUUUUUGUUUAUAAGCUGACGUACACCAACACAUGCACACUGUGUGUGAGGAUGUAGUGAAGUUCCCACACCAAAUAUUUAAAGUGGUCCCACCCUGGUUUGAUGUGUAUAUUAGCUGUGAAGCUAGCUGCUAGUGCGUACCUGAGCUGUGCCUUGGCGGCUGUGUGUGUGUGUGUGUGUGUGUGUGUGUGUGUGUGCGCGAUUGUGUACAUGUGUGUAGGUGUGUGCACACGUACAUCCCAUCUGUAAGUAAACCAAAUAUCAUUGUCACUAUGCAGUCAUGCAAACAUGUCAGCUUUCUCCGAGCAGUACAGAAGAGAUUGACUUACAUGAUUAGGACUUAGCCCCACCACCUCCCUUCCCGCAGUGUGAGUGACAGCGCCACCUUCUGCGAGGUUUGAAUGAGCUGACAAAUAUUUAAGGAUUGUAUGUUUUUAUGGGGCUGGGAAGCUUGGAUCAAUGCUGUAAAAUCUAUCAUCAAGUGCAUGUUGUUGUCACAGCUGUAACUGCCAUUGUUUUUUUUUUUUUUUUUUUGUGUGGGAAUGCACAUUAUUAUUAUUAUUUAUGUGUUUUUUUACACAUGCAGACAUGUUGAGUUAUUGCAUAUUUUGUUGUGCUCACUUUUGUUUUACUUCAGAGCAUCACAAGUGGCUGAAGAUUAUAGGUGUUUGUUAGAGAGUGUUCUCCUCUCGGGCCCUUUAUUUUUUUAUUUUCAUUUAGCCGUGUGUGUGUACCAAAAGUCUGUAUUGAUUGUGAUUAUUAUUAUUAUUCUUAUCUUUUAUUUUUUGGAGUGUGCUUUUAUGAUAUUGUUUUGAUGAUUUCCUGUAUACUUUGAGUUGUUAUGGAUACUAUUCAGGGCAAAGAUGACACCAAAUUGAACAAAUAAUACAUAGGGAAUGCCAGACAGUGCUUAGUCUGUUUUUGAAAAUAUUAUUUAAUAUUUAUGCCACCAUGCACAAAUAAUCUCUUAAUUGGAAUAGUAAUUGUAUUCAUUCUAAUGUAAGUUGUGUGCUGUUGCUUUAUUCCCCCUUCUUCCCAACUACACACACACACACACACACACACAUAUAUAUAUAUAUAUAUAUAUCCCUGCCCUGAUUUUCAUUUUUGAAACAUUUUUAUAUGAUUAUUUUUGUAUUCAUCCUGUUUUUUAUGCUGUAGUAGUGAGCUGAUUGCUCAAAUACAAUAGCUUUUUUUGUUUUGUUUCUUCCUGAAGCUGUCAUGACUGAUGUUGCACUUGUGAUGGGUUUUUUAUUUUUAUUAUUAUUUUUUUUUAUUUUUGUUUUGUGUCACAGAUUGAUGUGCCCAGAGGAGACUAGUGGGUGUGAACAUUGAGCAAAAUGAGUCACAGCGAUGCUUUUGUUGUUGUUGUUGUUUGUAUUUAUCUGUGACAAAGCGAUUACAGUGUAUUUUCUUCACUGAUUAUAUAUUUAUUGGUUUGUGUUUUGUUUUUAUGCAUAAUUUUGCCUUUGUUUUUUCUUUUUUUUACGGAUGAUUUAAGAGGCGAGCAGUCAACAGUGUAUAUUAUCAAUAUUAUUGCUAUAAUAAACUACUUAAAUGUACAGAAAUCCAAACCCUCAACAAGGAAAUUAAUAACAUAGAUGAUAUUUUAUCUACCGUUUCCUCCAGCAAACAAUUGGUGUGUUAUGUAAGACCCCCGUUAAUAAAAAGGUGGGACCUGCCCACUGAGAGUAGCUUUAUUUGUUAUUUUGCCAUUAAUGAGGUUUCUCUCCCAGGGAAGAACCAACAGAUUACAAUUGACACCGUCUUUUUUUAAUUCUGCUAUUGUUUUGUUUUUCACCCCCUUCCCUCUUGGUCUCAUUUCAAAAAGAAUAAAUGCCAUUAUAUUGUGAAUACCUCAGGAUUCUUUUGAUGAACAAAAACGACAAUAAAACACCAAAAAAUAAAUUUAAAAAAACUCAUAAAAA